AUGACAGGGGCACCUUUGGACGUUGGAUUAUAUGGUAAUCCCAAUGAUUACGUAUUCUCUCAGAAUGCACUAGAUAAUAUCAUCACCCAACUUAUGGAACAGACUGGAGGCGCAUCAGCACCUCCUCCUGCACCCGAACAAGUUAUUGAGGCACUUAAAAAAAGAAGUUUAACCGAGAAAGAGAAAUCAUCAGAAGCAGAUUGUGCUGUUUGCAAAGAUCAAUUCGAAUCACACGAAACAGUAAUCGAGUUACCUUGUGAACAUAUAUUCCACGAUGACUGCAUUAAACCGUGGUUGAAGUUAAACAGUACCUGUCCUGUCUGUCGUCAUUCAGUUUUACCAGAACAAGAAUCAGCCAACGGUCAGAACAGUAAUAACGAUAGCAACAACGGAACCAAUGACAACCAUAAUACCCAAAAUACACAACAGACCAGAGAAGCAAACGAUGGUAACAAUUCGACUGGGAGUACAGCCUCAUAUACUUGGGUAAGUGGCAAUGGUGGGGGUAAUGGCACAGCUCACCAAGGUAUGCCUACUUCUUUUCCAGUAAAUUUAGCGACUGCAUUUCCUUCUUGGAUAAAUAAUUUGACAGGUAAUGCCUCUAGAUCCAAUAGCACCUCUACUGCAACCAAUACAAACACAACCAGUACUAACACAAGUACAAACACCAACACCAGCACGACAACAAACUCAAAUGAAAACACCAACUCAAACACAGCCACAUCCAACAAUGCAACGUCAAACACAAACACUCAUUUGGACGAUGAUCUCGAUCUUGAUUAA